AGUUGUCCUAUUAUAUUCCUAUAUAUAUACAGUAAAGCUUCCAAUUUUUCAUGCCUUACAAUAUCCCUAUAUUAUUUUUCCCUGCAGAAAAAAGCUAAGAGAAAAGAGCCAAGAUUGAUGAACUCCCAAAGGCAAGAUUCUUGUUAUAGGGACCAAAAGAUGAUUCAGGAGCUGUUAGCAGCUGGGAAUGGUGGGCUGCUGGGAGGAGGGGAAAGUAAUAAUGCUCCAAAGCUAUCCAUUACAGAUACUUCUUCUGGUCCUUUGGUUUCGUCGUCUCCCACGUCGAGGUCGGAGAAUUUGAGGUGCCCGCGCUGCGAUUCUUCCAACACGAAGUUCUGUUACUAUAACAACUAUAAUCUCACCCAGCCGCGCCAUUUCUGCAAGACUUGCCGCCGCUACUGGACCAAAGGAGGCGCGUUGCGUAACGUCCCCAUCGGAGGCGGCUGCCGGAAAAACAAGAGCACCAUCGUGAGCGCGUCUAUCGGGAAGUCCAGCGCCGCCGCCGCCACGAGCACAAAGUGGAAGUCUACUUUUCUUGGCGGAUUGGAACCGGAGAUUCCAUCGUCGAAAACUUUCCUGUUUGGACCACCCCAGAACACCAACCAUCACCCCUUUCUUUCCCUGCUAAGAUCCAGUCAAAACCCUAAUCCCAGCACGGUGAUGAACUCCGGCGUCGAAGCUCCGGCUUUGUGGAGAAACAGUCAGCACCGAGGCCAACUGCAAAACGGAUUCAUUCUCGCCGCCGGCGACGCUCAGACCGUGGGAAUGCAAGAGCUGUUAUAUCAAAGACUCAUCAAAUCAUCAUCAUCAUCAUCGUCCGCUACAAACAACUACAACCUUAAUUGCUACGAGCACCCGCUAGCUCUCCUCGGAAAUGCGGCUUCAUCCUCCGUUUUGUCACCGGCGAUUUUGGAGUCAGCUCCGGUGUCGGCAGCCGGAGAAUUCGGUUACUGGAACCCUUCACUUUCCACGUGGUCCGACCUUCCGACAACCGGCGGCGCAUAUCCUUGAAGGCUCCGGCCGGUUUUUGCAGUAGCUAGCACGUAAAGCUGCUUUUGCCACGGACCAAGUUUGACUCUCAUUCCUCACCUAUAAAUAUAUUUUAUUACUUAGAAAAACAAAUUCCCAUUUUAUGUUUAGUUGUUAUUAAUUUCUUGUCUUUUUUUUUUCUACUCUUUGUGAUAUGAUGUUGGGUUGUGGUAUAAAACUUCACAUUUGUGCAUUGUCUAA